AUGAAUCAUGCGUCAAAACCAUCAAUAGGCGGAGAAUCUAGCACCAGCAGUGAAGAUGUCUAUUUUGAAGCGAUAGCUGAUGAAGAUAAUAAUGAUGACAGCAACAAUAGCAACAUCAUUAAUAAACAAGAAGUAAUUCUAGAUAAGGCUCAAACGCAAUUGCCACAUGUAUUAACUUCCCGUAGAACACGUGAACGAUUAAAUCAUCAACAUAGUUCAUCAUUUGAUUCGAUGGGCUCAUCGCGUUUCGAGUCUGUAUAUUUGACGCCUCGAGACUCGAUCAAGUACAUGAAUACGAAUGGUUCGUUUGAAGAGAUCUCGUGUCCGUUGCCUAAUAAUAGUAUCAAUAAUAAAGCCAGAAAAGCAUCGUUGGGUAUAGAUAAUGAUAUGAUGAAUCUUAACAAUAACAGUACAAUGUCUUUGAAUAAUAAUAAUAGCACAAACUUGAAUGCAUCCAUGACAUCUGUAACUUCAUCAUCGGCUCUAACUUACACCACUGCCAUUCUUGCCUCGAAUCACGAAAUUGAGGCUAAUGCCAAACAGCGAAAUGCGAAACGACGAUCUGCAAGUGUAGGUGGUGAUCGAGGUGUAAAAGGUGCUGAUGUUGGAGGGAACGAUUAUAAUGUGGUGAAAGCUGCAGAAGAAGCCUUAAAUAGUAUGGGAUUAGGAUUGAAAUCCGAUCAGUGGUUUAAGACUUCUAAUGAUUUAAUAAUGCAAUUGGGACAACAUGAUGAUCAGCGGGAAGAACAACAACAAGAAGAUAAAAAUCGAAUGACAGGAACAAUUAAAAAUCCAACAUCAUCAGCAAUUACAUGA